AUGGUAAGCAAACUGUAUCUUGUCUACGUCGAUAUCAGUAGAGCACCUUGUUCUAAUAACCCACUAGGCGCGUUCUUUUACAAAAACGACACUCAGGAGACUGACAUCGAAUGGUUGUCUGAUGCGGCUUCCCUUAGCAACCAGGGAACUCGCAAGCUCUGGUUCACCAACCAGGAUGCUGACCUCAAUGGCGUCAAGACUUACAACGCCGUUACGCCUCCUGCUAACCCGACCACGACUGAGCACGAAUAUCGUCUGGACUGGACCCCCGGUCGUGUCCGUUGGUUCGUUGACGGCGUUGAGAUCUGGAACACUACCAGCGACGUCCCCAACACCACCGGCCCAUGGGUCUUCAACAAUUGGUCCAACGGCGACAAUGGCUGGAGUGCCGGUCCCCCUGCCAUCCAGGCCGACUUUAAGAUCAAGGAUAUUUACAUCUACUACAACACCGCUAGCGCGUAA